AGGUGGCCAGAGCCUUCCCGCACAGCCACACCAUUCCACCUUGGCAAAGGUACACUCUGUCACCCGCACACGAUAUUUGAUUGCUUCCUGGAUCCACAGGCUUGAACGCCCUUUAGGUGGUUCUGAGAAGCGUCCAGGACCAAAGACUCUCUGGGCUAGCAUAGAAAGAAGAGCUGGUCUAAUUAGAUUCUAUUGCAAAUUUGAACGAAGAAAAAUGGAAUGAACUUUAUAAUGAGCAGUGCAAUGGAAAGUGACAGAAUUUAAUUGGACUGAGCAGGGUUAUGCAAUGUCAAAGGGACUUGUCAUCUGAAGUUACCAAGGAGCAGAGCACAUGUGGAUAGUGAAGAAGUUGGUCGUUACAGAGGAGAGCAGAGCUGAUAUGCAGAGAGAAGCCGGCACCACAAGAGAAUGAAAGACAAAGACAGAGAAGGAAUAUCACAGGGAACAACAGGAGUAGACAAAGAGAUGGAACAGAGGUGGAGAAAGAGAGAGGACUGGGAGAGACAAACGGACAGAGAGAGCGUGUACCGCAAGCUCUUUGAAGACAAGGACUCUUUCCCACUGAUCUCAGAGGCACUCAGUGGGUGUGUUGUCAGUGAAUUUGAGGAGUGGCGUGUAAUAGAUCCUCUACAGGCUCCAAUCAGGUUUUUCCCAAAGCUCCAUGGAAACCUCAGCAGAGGCUUCUGGAGGUGAUGGUUGUGGGCUGCAAAGACGACAGAUGGGCUGAAGCAGCCACUCGUCCAUUGUGCUGGCACUUCCUCAGUCCUCCAUGAAAUGUUAAAGAGUAACAGAUGUAACCCUGCAAAACGUCAACCAAUUCAGCGAGUUCACUGUGAACAUGUCUCAGUGGAAUCAAGUCCAACAAUUAGAAAUCAAAUUUUUGGAGCAAGUAGAUCAAUUCUACGAUGACAACUUUCCUAUGGAAAUUCGACAUCUGUUGGCUCAGUGGAUUGAAAAUCAAGACUGGGAGGCGGCUUCCAACAAUGAAACCAUGGCAACAAUUCUUCUUCAAAACUUGUUAAUACAACUGGAUGAACAGUUAGGUCGCGUUUCCAAAGAGAAAAAUCUGCUCUUGAUACACAAUCUAAAAAGAAUUAGGAAAGUCCUCCAGGGAAAAUUUCAUGGAAAUCCAAUGCAUGUAGCUGUGGUCAUUUCAAACUGCUUAAGGGAAGAGAGGAGGAUAUUGGCUGCAGCCAACAUGCCCGUUCAGGGACCUUUGGAGAAAUCCUUACAAAGUUCUUCAGUUUCAGAAAGGCAGAGGAAUGUGGAGCACAAAGUGACUGCCAUUAAAAAUAGUGUGCAGAUGACAGAACAAGACACCAAAUAUUUAGAAGACCUGCAAGAUGAAUUUGACUACAGGUAUAAAACAAUUCAGACAAUGGAUCAGGGGGACAAGAACAAUGCCCUAAUGAAUCAAGAAGUUUUGACUCUGCAAGAAAUGCUUAACAGUCUCGACUUCAAGAGAAAGGAAGCCCUCAGUAAAAUGACACAAAUAGUCAAUGAAACGGACUUGUUAAUGAACAGCAUGCUGAUGGAAGAGCUGCAGGACUGGAAGAGGCGCCAGCAGAUCGCCUGCAUUGGAGGACCGCUCCACAAUGGGCUCGACCAGCUUCAAAACUGCUUUACACUGUUGGCAGAAAGUCUGUUCCAACUCAGAAGGCAAUUGGAGAAAUUAGAGGAGCAGUCGACUAAAAUGACAUAUGAAGGGGAUCCCAUCCCCAUGCAAAGAGCCCAUCUGCUAGAAAGAGUCACCUUCUUGAUCUACAACCUUUUUAAGAACUCAUUUGUGGUUGAACGACAGCCAUGCAUGCCAACCCACCCUCAGAGACCGAUGGUACUUAAAACUCUCAUUCAGUUCACUGUAAAGCUAAGACUACUAAUAAAAUUGCCAGAACUGAACUAUCAGGUAAAGGUGAAAGCAUCUAUUGACAAGAAUGUUUCAACUCUAAGCAAUCGAAGAUUUGUUCUUUGUGGAACUCAUGUCAAAGCCAUGUCCAUUGAAGAAUCUUCUAACGGGAGUCUCUCAGUAGAAUUUCGACAUUUGCAACCAAAGGAAAUGAAGUCCAGUGCUGGAAGCAAAGGAAAUGAGGGCUGUCACAUGGUGACUGAAGAGCUUCAUUCUAUAACCUUUGAAACACAGAUCUGCCUCUAUGGCCUGACCAUAGAUUUAGAGACCAGCUCAUUACCUGUGGUGAUGAUUUCCAAUGUCAGUCAGUUACCUAAUGCUUGGGCAUCCAUCAUUUGGUACAAUGUGUCAACCAAUGAUUCCCAGAACUUGGUUUUUUUUAAUAAUCCUCCGUCUGCCACUUUGAGUCAACUCCUGGAAGUGAUGAGCUGGCAGUUUUCAUCAUAUGUAGGUCGUGGCCUUAACUCAGAUCAACUCAAUAUGUUGGCAGAGAAGCUUACAGUCCAGUCUAGCUACAAUGAUGGUCAUCUCACCUGGGCCAAGUUCUGCAAGGAACACUUACCUGGUAAAUCAUUUACCUUCUGGACAUGGCUUGAAGCAAUAUUAGAUCUAAUUAAGAAACACAUUCUUCCUCUUUGGAUCGAUGGGUAUGUCAUGGGCUUUGUUAGCAAAGAGAAGGAACGACUCUUGCUAAAGGAUAAAAUGCCUGGAACCUUUUUGUUAAGAUUCAGUGAAAGCCACCUUGGAGGAAUAACUUUCACCUGGGUAGACCAUUCUGAAAAUGGAGAAGUGAGAUUCCACUCUGUAGAACCCUACAAUAAAGGCCGGUUGUCUGCUCUGCCAUUUGCUGAUAUCCUUCGAGACUACAAGGUUAUUAUGGCUGAAAACAUUCCUGAAAACCCUCUGAAGUUCCUUUAUCCUGACAUUCCCAAAGACAAAGCCUUCGGUAAACACUACAGCUCCCAGCCGUGCGAAGUCUCAAGACCAACAGAAAGGGGGGACAAAGGUUAUGUUCCAUCUGUAUUUAUCCCCAUUUCAACAAUCCGAAGUGAUUCAACUGAGCCACAUUCUCCAACAGAUCUUCUUCCCAUGUCUCCAAGUGUAUAUGCAGUGCUGAGAGAAAACCUGAGUCCCACAACAAUUGAAACUGCAGUAUGUUCCCUUUCUUUUCCAUUGCUGGUCAGGGGCACUCCUAAUGAAGCAAAUGUGGUACCUGUUACUCAAAAGGGCUCAAGUUCUGCCUGAGAAGUGAGAAAACACAUCUGUUGGAACAAUUCCAUGUGCAUAACACUGGGUGUGUCUGUAUGUUGCUGUGGGUCACUGACAUUAUGGGCAUUGAAAGCAGACACCUUCCCUCAUUUGAACUGCUUUAUGUUCUUUCCAUCAAAAGCCACUAAAGGGUGAAGUAUUCCUGUGCCUCACUCAUGUUCUCUUUGUCUCUACUUUCACCAUUGGCCACUGGUCAAUAUUUAUUUUAGUUCACGCAUCACAAAUUCCAAUUCUUCUUGAUUAAUUGUCACUUACAUUAGUCUUCAAGUAGUAUAUGAAUUACAAUCAAUAGCAGCAUAAUAAUACCCUCCUGAGAAGUGAGUCACAAUCUUAAAUGCGAAAUGUGAUUUAGGAUGCAUUUUAUCUAUUAUUGCUCCUCAAUACCAUCAGGUGAUUCAAACCCCCAAUUUACAUACGGAUGAACAUACUAGAAUAAUAGAAUCUUGGAGAGACCCUGAGCCCCACGAGAUUUCUAUCUGGUGUUGGGAGAAAAAUUUUUACUUUACCCAUCAAGAUUCAUUUGGCUAAUCUAAGAAUUAAAUUGACAUGAAACGGAUGAAUAGGAGAAAGCCAAAUAAUUACUAACUAAAUGAAGUACUAAGAGAGAGGCCAUUAGAAUUUGAGGCUCACAGUCAGACACUUGAGGCUUAUAUGCCAUUCUGAGCCAAGGAAAAGGGGCUAGGAGUAUGGGACUUCAAAGGAAUGAAGACAAUUCACAGGAAGAUGAAAAAGAGUAAACAUUUCAUAAGUAAAUGUUUGCUGGACCAUACGGAAACGAUGGGACACAGAGAAGAAUUUUAACAAACAAAGUGUUCAUUCCUCCCUGUCUACCAUACCUAGUUCAUAUUAUACUGUAGUUAUCUAUGGUGAUAGCUCCCUUCCUGGAGCAGUUCCUCUAUCUAAAUGCUUUUAGACAGGCGGAAAGUCAAAGUUUCUUCCUGAGCCUUUUGUUUCUUAAAAAUAAUCAUCCUAGGGGCACCUGGGUGACUCAGUCGGCUGAGCGUCUGACUUCAGCUCAGGUCAUGAUCUCAUAGCUCUGUGAGUUCGAGCCCCACAUCGGGCUCUGUGCUGACGGCUCGGAGCCUGGAGUCUGCUUCGGAUUCUGUGUCUCCCUCUCUCUCUGCCCCUAACCCACUAGCAUUCUGUCUCUGUCUCUCUCAAAAAUAAAUAAACAUUAAAAAAAUAAUAAUCAUCAUCAUCCUAAAAUAAUCCACAUGCUAAAAAGACACAUUUUGGGGUGGAAAAUAUU